CAAGUGUUUUAAUUCUAAAUUAAGCCUGAAUACAACAUUUGGCGACGAGAAGUACCUAACGCGUUAAAUUAAGUGAUAAACUAGUGUAUUCAUUGUUAAAUACGAUGGCGGCGAGCGCUAACGUGAUUUAUGGCGGCAAUCUCACCUUCGACCACAACGCGCAAGAAUGGAGGAUUUUUAAGGAGCGGUUUGAAGCGAUGUGUUUUGCUAAUGAUUUAACGGACACCACCGACAAAGCGGGCACAAAGCGGCGUUCUAUACUCCUUACGACGUUUGUGGAAGAAACUUACCGCGUUGCAAAAGAUUUGGUAUAUCCAAAAACGUUGAAUACCAUUGAAUAUUCUACCCUCCUUGAAAAGCUGGAUACUCAUUUUGAGUCACCCAGGUGUUCGUUUGCAGAACGAUACAAAUUUUAUAAAGCGGAGCAACGAGCCGGCGAGGAUUUGGGGGAGUGGGCAGCGCGAGUGCGUAGUUUGGCACAGUUCUGCGGGUUUACGACGGAGCUCGAUACCGCGUUACGGGAUCGUUUCGUUCUCGGGCUCGAGAACGCUAAAGAACGAGAGAAGCUGUUUGCGGAGAGCGUCGAUAAGCUGACUUUUAGUAAUGCGUUACAUCUGGCGCAGGCUACUCGCAGCGCCCGGCAGGGCCUGCAGGAAACCAGCUCGUCCAGGCAGGCGGCGGGAGUCGGCAGCGGCGAGGUGUUCGCGGUGCGCGCGGGCGCGGGGGGCGCCGCGCCGCCCCUAACAAACAAUAAUAGACUAGCCUGUGCCGUAUGCGGAUAUAAAAACCACACCAAGGACAAGUGCCGUUACAUUAAUUAUACGUGUAAAAAGUGCAACACUAAAGGACACCUAAGUAGGAUGUGUAAAACGAGUGUUAAAAAGUUGAACUUCAUUGCUGAGGAAACCGAUGACAUACAUGAAGAUCUCACAAUGUAAACAAUACGGCGGACAGAGGAAAUGUAAUUUCAAAAAGGGGGAUAACGUUUUAGUAAAAUCGUUUUUUAAGAAUGGUACAAAGUAUACAUGGAAAAGAGGUACUAUUGAGAAUAAAAUUGGAUCCAGAAUGUUUAUUAUAAAAAUAACGGACCUGAAUGUAAAAGUAAAGAAACACGUCGAUCAAUUGCUGCAUUACAAAGGCGACUCCAACGAGUCAGAUAGCGACGUCCCGACUGUA